UCCCCCGGUGAGCUGACACAUUAGAGGAGGAAGACUGCAGACACUUGGAGCUUGUGCCUGCUUGCUGUAUCUCAUCUCCAGAUCCAACACAAACAAGCCGGGUGGAUUUAAAACAGCGGCAGGAGGAAGAGCAAGGAAACAAAAAAAAAGAGAUUGGAGAACAUCCACCCCAUGUGAGCAGGACAGCGUGGGGGGACAUUUAAAAAGAAAAGCCAAGACAAGAGGAGCCAUGGGAGUCUUAAAGGUGCUGCUGGGGACUUUACACUAUGUGGGACUGUGCGUGCAACUUGGCGUCUCCACCGGCAGCAGUAGACACACUGGACACGGACACAAGGAGAACCACAUCAUUCACAGUCACGCCAUGUUCACGGAGGUGCCUCACGAUGUGACCGCACACAGAGGUCAAGACGUGGAAAUGGCCUGCUCAUUCAGGGGAGCCGGGACCCCUUCCUACUCCCUAGAAAUCCAGUGGUGGUACAUCCGGAACCAUGUGGACUGGACAGACAGACAGCCAUGGAAAACCAAUGAGGUAGCUCCAGAGGAGGAGAUGCCAAAGGAUGCUACAAAGAUAAGUGUAGUGAAGGUCGUAGGAAGCAACAUCUCCCAUAAGCUCCGCCUCUCCCGGGUCAAGUCAUCCGACGAGGGCACCUACGAAUGCAGAGUCAUCGACUUCAGCGACGAGGAAGCGGGGGUGCGCCACCACCGCGUGCAAGCCUACCUCCAGGUGGUAGCAGAAAGCGACAUCAUCACCAGGAACCAAUACGACAACUUCCAGCUACUGGACGAUACCAAGAGAGAAUCGGGGUACGUGGAAGGGGAGUUCCAUAGCAACCCCAAAGGGCACGCUCACGCCAACCCCCAAAGCGAGAGCCGCCCCCAGGGGCAUAGCAAGCGACCUUCUUCCCCUGCCCCCCACCACGGUCAUGCUGGUAGCAGCGAUCAUCAUCAUCAUCAGCAAGCAGGCGGGGAGCAGAGGAAGAAGGAUGUGGACAGUAACCAUAGCAACAAUGACUGCUCCAAUGAGCCCAGCUGUGUGCUGUAGAGUAAUCUGAUUACAUCUGUGGCAUAAAAAAAAAUGGCAUAAAAGCCACACUUCCCACACAGUGCGGAACUUUUACAAUGUCAUAGAAAAGUAGAGCUCCAUGAUGGGAAUGUUGACUGUAGUACGUCAAUCACUAAAAAUGACCCAUUUCAUUCCAUUCAUGUCACAGUGCUUACUACACGACACAAACCUGCUUUCACAAUCAUACUUGACUUGACUGCAGAAGAAUUGGAACGCCCCCCAGUGGAGCGCAGACCUCUGCCAAGACCACAGAACAAAAUAGAUCAUUUUUUUUCACAACUGUAUAUGACAUUAGUGGUGGCCCCUGUAAGUUGUGCUCAUAUUGCUUUGGAAGGCAUGCUAGCAUGCUAUUAAGACAAGGUACCGUAUUUUCUGGACUAUAAGUCGCUCCGGAGUAUAAGUCGCAAAAUGCAAAAUUAGGUAGAAAAAAAACAUACAUAAGUCGCUUCGGAGUAUAAGUCUCAAAAUGCCAAAAAUGCAUAAUUAGGUAGAAAAAAAAUAACAUAAGUCGCUCCAAGGUAUAAGUCGCAAAAUGCCAGAAAUGCAUAAUUAGGUAGAAAAAAAACAUACAUAAGUCUCACUGGAGUAUGGGUCGCAAAAUGCCAAAAAUGCAUAAUUAGGUAGAAAAAAACAUACAUAAGUCGCUCUGGAGUAUAAGUCGCAAAAUGCAAAAAAUGCAUAAUUAGGUAGAAAAAAACUUACAUAAGUCACUCUGAAGUAUAAGUCUCAAAAUGCCAGAAAUGCAUAAUUAGGUAGAAAAAAAACAUACAUAAGUCACUCUGGAGUAUAAGUCUCAAAAUACCAAAAAUGCAUAAUUAGGUAGAAAAAAACGUACAUAAGUCGCUCUGGAGUAUAAGUUGCAAAAUGCCAAAAAUGCAUAAUUAGGUAGAAAAAAAACUUGCAUAAGUCACUCUGAUGUGUAAGUCUCAAAAUGCCAAAAAUGCAUAAUUAGGUAGAAAAAAACUUACAUAAGUCACUCUGAAGUAUAAGUUUCAAAAUACCAAAAAUACAUAAUUAGGUAGAAAAAAAACUUACAUAAGUCACUCUGGAGUAUAAGUUGCAAAAUGCCAAAAAUGCAUAAUUAGGUAGAAAAAACUUACAUAAGUCACUCUGAAGUAUAAGUCUCAAAAUGCCAGAAAUGCAUAAUUAGGUAGAAAAAAACUUACAUAAGUCACUCUGAAGUAUGAGUCUCAAAAUACCAAAAAUACAUAAUUAGGUAGAAAAAAACUUACAUAAGUCGAUCUGGAGUAUAAGUCGCAAAAUGCCAAGAAUGCAUAAUUAGGUAGAAAAAAACUUACAUAAGUCGCUCUGGAGUAUAAGUCGCAAAAUGCCAAAAAUGCAUAAUUAGCUAGAAAAAAACGUACAUAUGUCGCUUUGGAGUAUAAGUCGCAAAAUGACAAAAAUGCAUAAUUAGGUAGAAAAAAACGUACAUAAGUCGCUCCGGAGUAUAAGUCGCAAAAUGACAAAAAUGCAUAAUUAGGUAGAAAAAAACGUACAUAAGUCGCUCCGGAGUAUAAUUCGCAAAAUGCCAAAAAUGCAUAAUAAGGUAGAAAAAAACUUACAUAAGUCGCUCUGGAGUAUAAUUCGCAAAAUGCCAAAAAUGCAUAAUAAGGUAGAAAAAAACAUACAUAAGUCACAAAAUGGCAAAAAUGCAUACUUAGGUAGAAAAAAACACGCACGAAGUCGCACUGGAGUAUAAGUCGCAUUUUUUGCAGGUCAUUUAUUUUACAUAAGUUGCUCCGGAGUAUAAGUCGCAAAAUUCCAAAAAUGCAUAAUUAGGUAGAAAAAAACUUACAUAAGUCGCACUGGAGUAUAAGCUGCAUUUUUUGCGGUUAAUUUAUUUGACAAACUUGACCAAAACAGACAUUACGUCAUCUUGGAAGGCAAGUUCUAACAAUAAUAACAGAAUAUAGAACAGGCUGAAUAGGUGUAAGAUAUGCUAACACAAUGGUUAUUCAGCUACACAAAAAAUAAACAUAAACAGUUUUUUCAUUUUUAAGUCGCUCUGGAGUAUAAGUCGCAGGAACAGCCAACCUAUGAAAAAAAAAUGCUACUUAUAGUCCGGAAAAUACAGUAUUUUGCUUUGUGACGGCCAUGUUUUUAAACCAAAGUUGCUAAUUUUUUGCAGACGUUAGCUCGUGUAGUCAAGUUGUGUGAGAAAUUUCAAGUCAAUUUGACUUAAGGGGUUUAAAAAGAGCACCACCAUGUGGUGUAUUGGUCAGGAAAAAUAAAUAACACAAGUAAUAACACAAGCAACACGAUAGAAGUGGAUGUUUCGACAAAUGUUCACAUUUUGUUUACAGUGGUUCUACAUUUAUCAAAACUGCAAAAAAAAAAAUUGUGUUUUUAUUUUUUUUCCCUGUGUGCCACACCGGGUUUGGUUAUUUUAUUUUGCCUCAUCCUGUGCACGAAUAAUUAACCAAACCGACUUUUUAAUAUUGAUCAAGGAAGCGCCCGGUUGAGAUACUGCCGGAUUCAAGGAAGAUAGCUUAAAUAAGAAUAAUAAGACUCAUUCUUGGGCAUCUUUUUUUUAUUAAAAAAAAAUAUUUUUUUCUUUGAUAUUUACGCCAUCCUUGUACAAAGUUUCACGGGAAACGCUUAUGUAUUUUUUUGCAUAAUCUUACUAAUACAAAUACGGCGAUCAAAAGAAGCUUGACCUAUAAAGCAUAAUGUUUCAUAUUUGUCUUUUUUAAACUAUCAUAAGUAUAUAGUGCUUUUUUAUUUGGUGAAAUUUAACCUUUGGUGUUGAAAACAUUGAUGUAGUUUCAUCAAUUAAUACUGGGAAUACUAAUAAUCUUCUGCUGCUCAUCAAUCAUUAAGCCUCAAUUAAGCCUCUAAUCUACUUUGUAUAUACGACUUUAUGAUAUGAAAUAAAGUGAAUGCAUGUUCAGAAAUUUUCCUAAAAAACUUUUUCAACUAAAUGUAUACUAAGUAUGCUUUUUUUUGUUUUUUUGUUCAUGUCUGUCCUGCAUAUUUUUUUCCUCCAUUACCGUUUCCAUUGCUUUCCCAAAAGUGCUGUACAGACAGAUGAAUGAUUCUUAUCUAUCUUAGUAUUAUUGUAAUGACCUAAACGACCACAGUAUAUCUGACAUCAUACAUGAAAUUAUUUUCAGAGAUUCGGCUCUAUUUCAUCUUUGCUGCCAUUUUUGUGUGUGUGUGUAGCUUUCUAUUCCGAACAGGACUACUAGGAGGACACUGAAGAAGGAUUUGAUAUCAUGGCUAGUCCAGCAAAGUAGGGAAAGUGUACGUUUGUUCUAUAAAAGUUUGAUCUCAUGCUAAAGUGUAUGCCUUUAUCAAAUGAAAUAAAUUGCAUACAAA